AAAAUAUCAUAAACAUAAACAUAAACGCCAAUCGCAGCUUUUGUACUUUAGGCGUUCUACAAUGGAGAAAGGUUUGAAGCGGUCUUGUGUUAUGGUGGUGGUUGCAUUCUUCGCCAUGGUUCAUGUCUCUGUUUCAGUUCCGUUCAUAAUACUUCAUGAAAUCGGAACUCAAUGUUCUGAUGCUACAAAUGCUAACUUCACACAGCUUCUCACUAACCUCUCAGGCUCUCCUGGCUUUUGCUUAGAAAUUGGCAAUGGAAUAAGUGAUUCAUGGUUAAUGCCACUUACACGACAAGCGGAAAUAGCGUGUGAUAAUGUGAAGCAAAUGCAAGAUUUGAGUCAAGGAUACAACAUUGUUGGAAGAGCUCAGGGGAACCUAGUGGCUCGAGGCUUGAUCGAGUUCUGCGACGAUGGGCCUCCUGUUUACAACUAUAUCCUUGGCUGGUCCUCAUGCUGGCAUCGCCGGUUUUCCUCCUCUGGUGGCAUUUGUGACAUAACAAAUGGAGAUGUUUAUCGCGACUAUGUUCAAGAUAAUCUUGCUCCUAGUGGUUAUUUCAAAAACCCUUAUAAUGUGACAGAGUACCUGAAAGGUUGUAAGUAUCUACCUAAGCUUAACAAUGAGAGACCUGCAGACCAAAGAAACCAAACUUACAAAGACCGUUUCACAAGUUUACACAACCUGGUUCUUGUCCUGUUUCAGAACGAUACGGUUAUUGUUCCAAAAGAAUCAUCUUGGUUCGGGUUUUAUCCGGAUGGUGACAAAGAACAUGUUCUCCCUGUAGACCAGACAAAGCUCUAUAUAGAGGAUUGGAUAGGUCUGAAAGCAUUGGUUCUUGCUGGAAAAGUGCAGUUUGUGAAUGUACCCGGUGACCACUUAAUAAUUGCGGAUGAAGAUCUCGUCAAACACGUCGUACCUCUUCUCCAGGACCAAGAGUCUGCCGCACCAAGACUCAACCGCAAGACCAAGGAGCCCUUGCAUCCUUAAAAAGAGCAAAUACCUCAAUUGCUAUACUAAUUUAUGCAAUAUCGAAUAAGCUUAGUGAUGAUUGUGUGACACAAGAAUCCUUCUUCUUUUAUGAAUAAUAAACAUACCUAUCUUAA